AUGCCCAGAUCUGGCCGAAAAGCAGGAAGAGUAACUGUUCUCAAAGGUGGCUUCACUUCACCCAUUGGCCAGGAUUCAUGCUCAUCUCAGGAUUUAUGUGCAGUUCACAGUGCCCUUUCCAGUUGCCAGGCUCAAUUUCUCAAGGUUUCCAAUGCUCCCACACUCAUGGAUGUUGAUGUGGCCUGGGAGGAACUCCUUAGUGCUCUGGCAGGGCUUGCUGAUCUAGAGAAAGACCAAGUCAGGGGUGUACUCCUUGGUCAGAAACAUGAUCGCAUGUCAAUUCUCCAUAAUGCCGCUCAAGCUGGCCAUGUCAUGCAUGAUCAGGAGCUUUUUGAGGUUGUUCAAGAUGCUAUUGACCAUUAUGACAAACUCCAUCAAGAGAAUGCUGCCACUCAUAAUGCAAAAAGAUCAUUUGCAGAUGCCCUUAACCUUGGGCAACAGGUCCAUCUCUCUGAUAUGGUAUCUGGGAAAGAUGCCAAAUUUGCUGUCCAUUUGGUGGACUAUGAUGAGACAAAUGACAUUAAGUUCAAGAAAUGCACCAACUCUUCCUGGCUUGUGGACAUUACAGGUAAUGGAGAGCCACAUAAGGUUGAAAGGGAAAAAAAGACAUUUCAGGUAGGUGGUGAUGGUUGGCUGGUUCUUGAGGCCGACAGGUCACAUGUUGUUCUGAAUAAGAUAUGCAGUGUGACAGAAUCACCUCAGCUGCUGGAAAAAAUGAGCACAAUAAUCCAAGAGCAUGUUUCCUGGCCAUCCUGGUGCUCUGUAUGCAUUUGGGAUUAG